CACCUCCUGGACCUGGGUAUCGUAGGCCUCUCCCCCUCCUCACACGUCCGCGUCCAUCUCCUUAGCUCUGCCCCCUAGAGCCCUGCCGGGGCUGCUCACAGGCGCCGCCACACAAAACCCACCACUUCCCCUCAGUCUCCCCGGCCAUUCCCGAGGCGUCCUGCGCGAAAUUUGGCUCCCCCCACCGGCGGCAGCCUCCGGCACCAAACCCCAGAGCGAGGCAAUUCCAGCGGGCUGGAUUGAUUUGAGGAGGGUUGCCCUGGCUUUGGCGGCUGAAGCAAGGCGGAGGGGCGCUCGGUGGUGGCUCGUUGGGAGCUGAAGAUGGAGCCGCAGAACCGCGAGACCCAGCACCACCACCAGCAGCAGGAGCGCGCUCGCUCACACACGGUUACCACCACCACCACCACGAGCAGCUCUUUCACGGCUAACUUCUCGUCCGCUUCCAGCACCCUCGCCUACGACAGAGAGUUCCUGAGAACUCUGCCUGGGAUCCUCAUGGUGGCUGAGAUUGUGUUAGGGUUGCUGGUAUGGACACUGAUUGCUGGAACAGAAUAUUUCCUGUAUCCUGUCUUUGGCUGGGUAAUGUUUGUGGCUGUGUUUUACUGGGUUCUUACACUCUUCUUUUUAAUCAUCUACAUGACAAUGACUUAUACUCGGAUUCCCCAAGUGCCAUGGACCACUGUUGGUCUGUGUUUUAAUGGGAGUGCCUUUCUUUUGUACUUCAUUGCUGCCAUUGUAGAUGCAUGUGCAGUCACCAAAGAACUGGACAGCCACAACUACAACAGCUGGGCAGCUUCUUCAUUUUUUGCAUUUGUUGUCACUUCCUGCUAUGGUGGAAAUGCCUAUUUUAGUUUUGUAUCUUGGAGAUCACGGACCUUGCAAUAAAUAUUUUCUUUAACUGAAAAA